UAUGAGAAUUAUUAACAUCAUUAACAUAUAAAAUCUCUGGACUUUUGGCAAUGAACUGAGUUGCUGGCUUGCUGCUAAAGAAGACAGACUUAACCACAAGGUAAAGUAAAUUAAAAAAUUGUAAUUACUAAUGAUUAAUCUUAUUCUGUUUAAAAUAUAUAUAUACAUUUUUAUUUUUAUUUAAUGCAGUUAGGCAUACUUUAGCAAAUUGCAUGUAAAUUGGUUUUGGCAACAGAAAUAAGUUUACUAGAGUCCAGUUCCAAGUAUGUAGUUGAAAUUUAAAUUUUAAGAUUCCAAAUUUUGAUUGUAUACCAUUAGCACAGUUAAGUAAAUUAUAAGUAUGUCUAUGAAGUGGCAUAAAUAUGCUCAAUGCAAAAUGGUUAUUCACUGCACUAGGAAUUUGUGGACACUACAAGGGAAUUGCAAAUAUUAGAGUAAAAUAAUUGAGCUGUCAUUCUGAAGGAAGUAUUAAUUGACCAUGAAUAUAAGUUGUUUGGUUUUAAAUGUAAGGCUACAGUAGCUGACUUAGAGAAUUUGAAUACUCCAGUGAAUAAUCAUGUAGAUUAAGAUAGCAAAACUAUAAAAAUAUCCAAGUUUAAGUUUUUUUUUGUUGUCUAUUUGAGUCAGCAAUUCGUAUUUCUCUGAGAGAUUGUAUUGACAGACUGUCUUUCAGUACCUGCUAUCAUUUUAGCAGCUAAGACACAUCCUCUACCAUUUGUGUGAUAAAUAGCAAUAAAACACACUAUAUGUGUGAGAGCUCCAAGGGAUAACUGUCAGCACGAUAACUAUCCAACCUCACUUAAACAACAAUCUGUAUUAAAAGUGUAAGGUGUAUAUGACCAAAUAAAAACCUUUCAACCAGUCUCAGCUAAUGUUCAUAUUACUGACAUUUCUUGUGAGUAAUGUGGGGUAAUGGUAUUUAGUGCCAAUAUCGGCAAUACCCUCCCCAAUAUGUUGGAGAUGUAUUCAAGCUGAAGGUACUAUGUCCCAUGUUUGGUGGAGUUGUUUGCAUAUUACCCCACUUUGGAAUGUAGUAUAUACCAGAAUACAUAAUACAGGAAACAUUUAUUUACCCAGAAAGCCAGAAGUAGCCUUAUUACAUUUAAAUUGGGGAAUACUCAAUGUUAAAAGCAGGAUAAUACUAACCCAUUCUAUGAUGGCAGCUACAAUUUUGAUAAUGAGAGGAUGGAAGACAAAUACAUGUCCAACAUUUACCCAAUUCAAAGUUCUAUAUCAGUUAGAGAUGGAGAAUGCAAUCAAUUAUAAUAAUAACAAUGAUAAGAUACAUCAGACACUUAUAGAUCUUAGAAACAAACUGACUAUGGUACGAACCUGAGUAGAUGGUUAAGCAAUUAACCCAAUUAAAAAUACAAUUUCCGAAAACACCACAAAAUAGUCUGAUGGAGAGUACCAACAGGAGACACCUAGAGUAUGAAUGAUUGAAUGGAUAUUUGUAGCAAUUCAAUAUACAUUUAUAGAACUGAGUAAUAGAUAUAUGACUGUUUUCUUUUUGUGUAUAUUGCUUUUUUGUUAGUGUUAUGUACCAUAUAUUUUUUAUAUGAAAAAAAAAGAUUCAAUAAAGAUCAAUUAAAAAGAAAAUAAAUAAUAUAAAAAAAAAAAAAAAAGUGGUGUAAAAAAUGAAGUAGUCAUAUAAUGUGCCUACUGGUUUAACUAAAAUCAAUACUAACUGUCUUACUUCAAGUCAUUUAGACCAUUUUAUAGAACAGAACACUUUAAUUUACCAUAGAUAGAGUACUUUAUUCUUUAUUCUAGUUUCCUUGAAAACCUCAUGUUUCCUUGAAAGCCUCAUAUUUAAGCAAAUGUGCCUGUUGGCAGAUCCAACAAGGCCACGUGCAGGUCACAAGCGUACCCCCCUCCCCCUCAUCUUUCCUUAUUCACACACUGUGCAGUACUGGACUAAGAAGAGCCUCUAGUGGCCAUUAGGCACCAAUGUAAACAUUGCCUUUUCUCUGAAAAGACAGUGUUUACAUAGCUAACACUGCAGGGGCAUGGUAUAGACACCAGAACAUUAAGCUGUAGUGGUUAUGAUGAGUAUAGUGUCACUUUAAUAACUGGAGGUUUUUUUUAGAAUCACUCCAGUGGCCAUUAAAGUGUAAGCUCACCUGCCAGGUCUAUUGAAAACCUCUUGGGUGAGUCCUACACUAUCAAUUCAUAUUGUUUCCUUGAGCCAAAAAGCAAACAGAGGUGUAUUUUUCUAAACCCCUACAAACGUAUUAACCCUUAAUAUGAAACACAUGGGGUGGUUGGCAGCACUGUAACAUGGCUGUGUAAAGCAAAUACAAACAUACAAAAUGAAGCCCUACACUCAAACUCCCACUACUCUUGGGCAGCAGAUAUGUUUUUAAAUAUACCCCAUUGAAAAAAAUACACGAUUAAAUGCAUGCAUGUUUUCAUUGGAGUUAUAUCUACUAAAUAGUGUUUGUUUUGUAGUUGUUGAUUUUUUUUUUGUCUGUGUUUCUGUUGUGAAGUGUCCCUUUACAUUUGAAAAAUUCUGAUAAUCAUAAAUAGGUACCACUUAGUGCUUUUGAGUAAAGCCAAGUCCCAAGAAACAUGAAACGAGGGAACAAAUUAAUUUACUCUUUUGUUUAAUACUUAGAGCUAGUUAGAAUGACAUAUAAAAAAAUAAACAGAAGACAAAACCAAGUAGUAGAUGCACUUGCUCCAAGAAUGGACUUCCAGUAGAUUAUUGAAUUAUAGAAACAGAAAUUAAUCAUAAAUGUAAAUAAGUUAAACGCCAUCGCAAUCCCAACAUCACAACUUUCUGUAUAAAUUUCAGGAAUGUCUUCAAAUGCUUUUUUACUGUAAAGUAAAACUCCAUAUGAAGAAUAUUAAUUCAUAAAAAAUAAGUAUUUGUCUUUCGUAGUUAUAUACAGUGGAACCUCAGUCUACGAAUUUAAUGCGUUCACUGGGAAGUUUUGCAUUGCGAAAAAUUUGUAAACCAAUUAAUCUGUAUUAAUCUGUACCACUGUAUGGGUUUUAGAAAUGUGCCUGUAAAUAAUUUUCUAAACUGACAUGAUUACCAUUAUAUAUCGACAUUUUAGGGCAAGAUGAGUAAAAAAGUGGCUAUAAUAGGUGGUGGGGCAAGUGGGCUAACUGCAAUCAAGAGCUGUCUAGAAGAAGGUUUGCAACCAACAUGUUUUGAGAGAAGCUUUGACAUUGGUGGACUUUGGAGAUUCACAGUAAGUGCAUAGUUUAUGUCUUAAAUGUAUAUGUCUCGUUGCGGGCUGUUGGAGGGGGCAGAGCCAGGAGCUGGGGGACAUCGGCCCUGGGAUAAGGUAAGUAAAUAGAGGAUUUUUAACCCUUUAUUCACUGGGGAGGGGGGUGCAGGGGAGGGGGGUGCAAGGGAGGGGGGAAUGCAGAGAGAGCUAUGGUGCCCUAGAUUCGGGAUAUUGAAGUUACACAAUUGUGUAAGGAGAUUACUUUAAUUCAUUAUGUUUUCUAUAUUUUCUAGAUGUCCCUGUCAGUUAUUAUACAUACCCUCACUUUGAUUUGCCUUCCAAAUAGCUCCUUCUAUUAGCCUUUUAACUGGUUGUUUAAAGUUAUCACAUCACAUUCCAGUCCAGGGACUUCAGCUAAUCCACUCCUCCUCCAGCCCAUAUGGUCUUUAAGUAAGACAGAGUUUGUUUGUAUAUGUGUGUGUGUGGGUGUAUGUGUUGACUGUCUUCCUGUGACUCUGUGUGUGUGUGUGUGUGAGACUGUGUUUGUGUGACUGUCUGCCUGUGUGUGUGUGUGUGUGUGUGACUGUCUGCCUGUGACUGUGUGUGUGAUUGUCUGCCUGUGACUGUGUGUGUGUGACUGCCUGCCUGUGACUCUGUGUGUGUGAGUGUCUGCCUGUGACUGUGUGUGACAGUGUGCCUGUGAGUGUGUGUGUGACUGUCUGCCUGUGACCAUGUGUGUGUGACUGUCUGCCUGUGAUUGGGGGAUGCUGCCUGUAACUGUGUUUGUGUGUGUGACUAUCUGCCUUUGACUGUGUGCAUGUGACUGUCUGCCUGUAAUUGUGUGUGUGUGUGUGUGUGAGACUGCCUGUGAUUGUGUAUGUGACUGUCUGUCUGUGACUGUGUGUGUGAUUGUCUGCCUGUGACUGUGUGUGUGACUGCCUGCCUGCCUGUAACUGUGUAUGUGACUGUCUGUCUGUGACUGUGUGUGUGUGAUUGCCUGCCUGUGACUCUGUGUGUAACAGAAAGGAAUGGGAUAAAGGAACAUGCUACAUUUGAUGCAGUUAUCGUUUGUAGUGGUCAUUUUUCAGAUCCUUAUUUCCCAGGUUCGUAUUUCUCUUAAAAUGCAGAAAGAUGCAUAACUCUAGAUUAUUAACCUGCGCGUCUGUCUGUGACUGUCUGUGUGUGACAGUGUGCCUGUGUGUGUGUGUGUGUGUGUGUGUGUGACUGUCUGCAUGUGACUAUGUGUGUGUGACUGUCUGCCUGUGAUUGGGGGAUGCUGCCUGUAUCUGUGUUUGUGUGUGUGACUAUCUGCCUUUGACUGUGUGCAUGUGACUGUCUACCUAUAAUUAUAUGUGUGACUGUCUGUAACUGUGUGUGUGACUGUGCAAGUGACAAUGUGCCUGGGACUGGACUCUAAAGACUGUUGUUAAUGUUGCUGUGUAAAAAAAUAAUUCUAUUCUAAUGGGCUGAGCAGAGGCUUUAGAGGGAGAGGCAUUUUUUUGGGAAGGGGGCUGCUGGGAUUUUGUAAAACGGCAGGCAGGAGAGGGGUUGCCAAAUGAAAUUACGAUACAGAUCUAUACAUGAUCUAUAGUUAUUUUCCUUUUGCUGAUCAUAUUUUUGGUAGAAUAGCUUUUUAACAUUAAGUUGUGUUUCUAAAUGUCCUAGAAGUCUGCCAUCUGUUUAUUUCUUAGUAGUACAUUGGAUUUUUUUUGUUUCUAAAUUAUAAACAAAUAUGGUGUGAAACAGUCAUUUGUUUUAAAUUAAAUUUGUGCACCAGUAUUACUUUGUUUGAUUUGUGUUAUUUUUUUGGAUACAAAACACACAUUUUUGCAACAUGAUUUAUAUUGUAGGUUCACAUUAUAUAGUAACAAGUCACUAAUUUUCUUUUCACCAUUUGUCAUUGUAAUCAUACUUUAUUUAUUAUACAGGAUGAUAUUGAAGAAGGAAGAGGCAGUUUAUACAGCUCUGUGGCCACCAAUACCUCCAAAGAGAUGAUGUCUUAUAGUGAUUUCCCUAUGCCAAGUGAUUUUCCCGUAUAUCCACAUCAUUCAAAGAUAUUGGAAUACCUCCAUCUUUAUGCAGACCAUUUCAAGCUACGGAAACAUAUACAGUUCAAUGUAAGCAAAAACUUCAGAAACCAAUUUAAAAUCAAUCUUUAUUUAAAAUCUCUCUGUAGUUGUUAACUAUACCUUAAUGAUUAAUAUCGAAAAAAAUUAAAUAUUUAAAAACAAAUUUUGUUUUUGGUUCUUUCAAUACCUUUGAAAGUUCAGAUUCUCUCUGUCCACUCAUCCCAGUGGUCUACGUUUUAGCAAAAUUCCUAAUGGAAAAUAUUGUGAACCUCCAAAAUGUGGAAUUAUGGGGUAUGCAUCAGCACAUGAUUAUUAACGUAGAGGAUAUUGUAUUGUUCUUCUUCCACAAGCAAUAAAUAAAGAGGGUGUUGGGAGACAUUCAUUGAGUCAAAAUCAUUAUUUAAUAUAUUUUACAUAGCUGAGAAAAUACAAAUAAAAGUAAGUUAUUUAUUUUCUUUAUUCUGAUAAUUUGGAAAAAAUUAAGGUUAAAAAAAGAUUAUUGCAUUUCUUUUAACUUUAUCUGAAUUAUUCGUAUUUACUGUCUCAAGUUGAAAAGCAUCUAAAUAUACCCUUUUGUCUUGCUAAAAUCACUUUGAAUAUUUUAUAUUAAAAGUGUCAUUAUUUGUAGCAACGAUUAGGGUAUGUUAUCUUAUGUGACAUAUCUUAAAUGGGCCACAUAAUUAGCCUUACCUUUGUAUAAUAUAAUUGUAGUUGAUAGGACUUUUAAUUGCAAUAGUAAAAAAAAUUUCUUCCAAUGUGAAUGGUCUAUGCUCACUGCUUCAUGUAUCAAGCAUUAACAACCAGCAGCACAAUAUCCACAAUGUAGGUAGCAUAAUGUACAGUAUGUGAAAUACAUUGAUCAGCCACAACAUCAAACCCACUGACAGGUGCAGUGAAUAACAUUGAUUAUAUCAUUACAAUGGCACCUGUCAUGGGAGGAAUAUGUUAGGCAGUAAGUGAACAGUCAGUUCUUGAAUUUCAUGUGUUGGUAGCAGGAAAAAAGAGCAAGAGAAAAGAUCUCGGUGACUUUGACAAAAGCCAAAUAAUGAAGGCUAGACAACUGGGUCAGUGCAUCUCCAAAAUAGCAAGUCUUGUGGGGUGUUUGCGGUAUGCAGUGGCUGGCACCUAAACAAAGUGGUGCAAAGAAGGACAACUAGUGAACCGGUGUCAGGGCCAUAGUGCAAAAAUUGUUCAGUAAUGGUUUGAGGAACAUGAAAAAGAGUUCAUGGUAUUGCCUUGGCCUCCAAAUCUUCAAGAUCUCAAUGUGAUUGAGAAUCUGUGGGAUGUGCUGGAACAACACUUCCGAUCCAUGGAUGCCCCACCUUGCAACCUGAAAGACUUAAAUGAUCUGUUGCUAAUGUCUUAGUGCCAGUUAUCACAGGACACCUUCAGAAGUCUUGUGGAGUUCAUGCCUUGGUGCAUCAGAACUGUUUUAGCAGCAUGAGUGGGACCUAAACGAUCUUAGGCAGGUGGUUUUAAUGUUGUGGCUGAUGUACAACCACAUGCAUAAGAGAUACCAAAUUUAUCUAUAUAUUUGUAUAACAAAAAAUACAUAAUAAACUUGUUUCAGAGUACAUUGGUAACUGUAUUUUUUCCACAGACUGAAGUUUGCAGUGUGACAAAACAUUCAGAUUUUGACAUAACAGGACAAUGGAACAUUGUAACAGAAAAGAAUGGGAUAAAGGAACAUGCGACAUUUGAUGCAGUUAUCGUUUGCAGUGGCCAUUUUUCAGAUCCUUAUUUACCUCUUAAUAGUUUCCCAGGUUCGUAUUUCUCUUAAAACGCAGAAAGGUACAUAACUCUAGAUUAUUAGCCUGCACAGGCAAGCUGUGUUACAUUAAAAGACAAUAUUUCCCUUUCUUCUCAGCUUCCAAAGCCAACAUUAGAGAGAUGCACAUCCUCAGGUCUCUUCCUUCCAUGUCUAUUAGUUUUUCUUAAAAAAGACUGGUAGUUAGUUGGUAGGGGAGAUAUACACACAUUGAGACAUGGGGACAUAGAAAGAAGGGAUAGAAAGAAUAGAGUCAUAAAGCGUUUUAGGCGAACUUGAGGAGAGAUCAUAGAAGUAAGGCAUUACAUAUGGGCAUGGACACAAGGUGGAUCAUGAGAAGAGAGGCAAUGGUCAAGGUCACAGCAGUAAGCAACAUAGAAAUGCAAAAAUAAAACCCGCAUGGUCUCUGAGAUGAUUAAACCAUACCCAGUGCAAGAUGAGUAGUGUAUUCAUAAUUAAAAGCAAAUGUCACAUCCUGAUAACCACACUAGUGGGGGCUCAUGACUAUUAUCUUUCUUCUUACUCCACCCAACAUAUGGGGUGGAGGAUAACCAUUCACCAAGAAGUAGUAUGGUGAAUAGUCUUUUCCCCUUUUUUCACACCAUGUGCUGUGGAGUUAUGAAAUUAAUAUCUAAUAAAGAGCUGGGGCCCCCCACUUUACCUUACCCAAAAAGUCAGUUCCAUGGUUUAUUUAAACACUACAAUAAGUACAUAAUUUACCCCAUGCAAGAACGCAAAAAAAGCAUGCAAAUAUGUAACUUUUACCUCCUUCUUCAUAGGUAUAGAACAUUUCAGAGGUCGCUACAUUCAUAGUCGAUUUUAUAAAAUGCCUGAAGAUUACCGUGGAAAGACAGUGUUAAUAGUGGGCGCUGGGAACUCUGCUGGAGAUAUAGCUGCAGAAAUAAGUUUUGCAGCUAAACAGGUAGCUGAUCUAUAAUGUACUUUCAUUUUUUGUUUUUUAGCUGUUCUUGAGUCAUCUUGCAUUAUGUCAAACAAUGACCUGGAAUAUUGAAAAAUUGUCAAAGAAAUUAGAAAUACCAGAACAUAAUACUAGAUUUAUUAUUAUUAUUAUUAUUAUUACUUGUGUUUCAAAAGUGCCAACAUAUUCUGCAGAUUUGUACAAUUGGGGGAAAAGAUAGUACAAUAUACACAGACCAAUACAAAAAGUAAAGAGGCCCUCCCUAUGAGCUGAGAUCUAGUUAUUAAACCUUUUUUAUACAACGUACUUAUCUAGAUACCCUGUGAACCUCUACGGUAAAGGUUGAAAAGUGCAACUUGAAGAUGAUGGCCAGAUAGAAUUAAAAGAUAAUUACAGCCAUUGCACUUAUGCAAAAGCAAUGAGGCUGUACAUUAGUGAGAUCUCAAGCAGCUGGUAAAGUAUUGAAGCACACGGUGUGGAAUAAGGGUAACAUAUUGCAUUGCGUCAUACACUGAGAAUAUUGCUAAUUGAAUAUUUUAGAGUUUUCUCACUUAGUGGGUAACUGUGCCAUACACCGUUGUUUAUUUGUCAUGCAGUAAUAGUGUCACAUAUUACAGCAUCAUAGCAUUGGUUCACAGAAGAGGGCAAGUGCCAUACAUGUUUAGUUGUCAUAUAUGGGAGUGUCAUACAUAAUGCAUUAUACACUGCUAUGCCAUUGUAUCAUACACUCCGAUACAGCAUCACAUUCUAUGUAGUGGCAUAAAUAAUGAAGAGAGAACCGUAGAAAACAUUGUUUGGGUCCCUCUAUAGAGCAGGGGGUAUCUAAUGUGGGCAUGUUCCCUAGUGGUUCACUGGGUGGAGCCUGAAGUUUGCAUCUCCGACAAAGAUAUCUCUCAGGACAGAUCCCUCUCAGAGCAAUUGUUAGCUUAUCUAAAUCAUGAAGGAGUACUGACAGUGAUUUCCACCUGCAGUAUAUGCAGUCCACAAAAUGUCCUUAUAAUUGAGUAUAUAGUUAGACCAUUCAGAGGACAUAAUUUUAUCUCCCCUUAGGUUAUGGAGCUGUAGAACACCCCAUUUUGUCUGACACUCCAGACAAACGCCUAAUUGCCUUUGGGUAGUACCUGCCUUCUUCUGACUUCUGUGACGAUCCAGAUGUGCAGCUCAGUAGUAUAGCAGGAAAUAGGACAGAUGAGACUGAUGUCAUAUGAAAUAAAUAAGAACCGUAUAUACAGUAUCUCACAAAAGUGAGCACACACCUCACAUUUUUGUAAAUAUUAUAUCUUUUCAUGUGACAACACUGAAGAAAUGAUACUCUGCUACAAUGUAAGUAGUAAGUGCACAGCCUAUAUAACAGUGUAAAUGUGCUGUACCCUCAAAAUACUCAACACACAGCCAUUAAUGUCUAAACCGUUGGCAACAAAAGUGAGUACAUCCCUAAUUGGAAAUGUUCAAAUUGGACCCAAUUAGCCAUUUUCCCUCCCCGGUGUCAUGUUACAAGGUCUCAGGUGUGAAUGGGGAGCAGGUGUGUUAAAUUUGGUGUUACCGCUCUCACGCUCUCUCAUACUGGCCACUGGAAGUUCAACAUGGCACCUCAUGGCAUAUAUGAACUCUGGUCUGGGCCUGCAUGAGUGCUGCUGGCACUGGGGAGCUACAGUUCAUUGAGAGAACCAUGAAUGCCAACAUGAACUGUGACAUACUGAAGCAGAGCACGAUCUCCUAUCUUCGAAGACUGGGCCACAGGGCAGUAUUCCAACAUGAUAACGACCCCAAACACACCUCCAAGAUGAUCACUGCCUUGCUAAAGAAACUGAAUGUAAAGGUGAUGGACUAGCCAAGCUGUCUCCAGACCUAAACCCUAUUGAGCAUCUCUGUGGCAUCCUCAAACGGAAGGUUGGGGAGUGCAAGGUCUCUAACAUCCACCAGCAGGAGGAGUGUAAGAGGACGCCAGUGGCAACCUGUGAAGCUCUGGUGAAUCCAUGCCCAUGAGGGUUAAGGCAGUGCUGGAAAAUAAUGGUGGCCACACAAAAUAUUGACACGUUGGGCCUGAUUUGGACAUUUCCACUUAAGGGUGUACUCACUUUUGUUGCCAACGGUUAGGCAUUAAUGGCUGUGUGUUAUUUUGAGGGGACAGCAAAUUCACAUUGUUAUACAGGCUGUACACUUACUACUUUACAUUGUAGCAGAGAUAUAAAAUAUUGACACAAAUGUGAGGGGUGUACUCACUUUUGUGAGAUACUGUAUGUAGGAUCAGACUUGGUUAUUACCCACAGUUAGUUACUAGAUAGUCUAAAGUCAGAAUUAUGCAGGAAGCUAAUAAUAGCCAAGAAUAGAAGCUAGAUAAUGCAGAAAUUAUUAACCACCCUACAACACACCAAUGUGCCUUACUAUAAUUGCAUGAACAGAAGCAAAUAUGUAAUUUAAUAAGGUUGAAAUGUGAUAUAAUAGACCUCUGUCUGAUGGCAUAUGUCAGUUCAACAACAUGCUCACAUAUGAAAAAACAGGAACUAAUCUGAGAAACCAUAUGAGAUCAAAUAACUGCAAAGACAAAAAUUAUUGGGAUCAAAAGGGAAGAGGGAGCUGAUAAUAUCUUUAUAUGGACCAGACUCUCAAAUAUGGUGGAUUCUAUUGGAAGAGAAUGUCAGAGAAAAAGCCUGACAGGGACUUAUUAGCUGAGCUUUACAGGAUUCUGUAAAGAAGAGAUCAUGUACUAUGCACUCGUGAAAAGUAUCACAUGUUGUGCAUUGUGUGAUUAGAGGGGAGCAAUGCUAGAUAUUAUAUAUCAUAUCAUAUACUGUAAAAAAGCAUCAUAUAUUAUUAUUUGUUUUAAUUAACUGGAGUAUAGCGUACAGGUUUAAAAACUUCACACUUUUUUAAAAUUGUAUCACAAUUUCGGAGGUUUUGUAGUUUAUUGUGUUGAUUCACAUCUAAUUUAUCAAAUGUAAGUGAAAAUGAUUCCCUCUUCAGUUGUAAAUUACCUGACAAGGUCUUUAACUGAUGCUAUGUUCCUUAGGUCUUUCUCAGCACCAGACAGGGGACCUGGAUUGUCAGCCGCAUAUCACAUAAUGGUUUCCCUAUUGACAUGGUCCUUUUAAGACGCAGCAAAAUUUUGCUCAAGAAUUUGCUUCCUUUUGCUGUUGCAGCCAAGUUAAAUGAGAACUUCUUUAGCAAGUGGUUUGAUCAUAGCAAUUAUGGUUUGGAACCUACAAACAGGUAAUUGUGCAUAUGAAUAUAGCUUAAUAGUUGCAUCAUGCUGCUUGUGCAAACUCACAUGGUUGUGUGCACUAAAGCAUGAUAAAUACUUACUAAUGUUAAUCAUAUUGAAAAAUACAUGUUUUGUGUCAGGAAAUUAUCUUAAUGGUUAUCACUUUAUUUAAAAUGUCCUAACUUUGUAACUGCUGUCUGUAUUUUGGAACAGUUGGUAAGUAGUGAUGUCCCGAACGGUUCGCCGAACGGUUCACGAACGGUUCGCCGCGGACUCAUCAUUGAGUAAACUUUGAUCCUGUACCUCACAGUCAGCAGACACAUUCCAGCCAAUCAGCAGCAGACCCUCCUUCCCAGACCCUCCUACCUCCUGGACAGCAUCCAUUUUACAUUCAUUGUGAUGCUGCAUUCUUAGUGAGCUGUCCAGGAGGUGGGAGGAUCUGGGAGGGAGGGUCUGCUGCUGAUUGGCUGGAAUGUGUCUGCUGACUGUGAGGUACAGGGUCAAAGUUUACUCAAUGAUGAGUCCGUGGCGAACCGUUCGGCAAACCGUUCGGGACAUCACUAUUGGUAAGCUAUUGAUUUCCAUUUAUUGUGUAAUUCUUUUCAGCAUUUGACAUUAAAACAUAUUAAAGGGUUAUUCAAAGUCUGUAUGUGCCGCGUUUCAUCUUAAAGUGCUGCAUAUGCAGAGCUAUUCAGUUACUUGUCGGAGGUAACUCUAAGAUUCUGUGCAUAUUAUUGCAGAGAUACUCAUUCAAUGGCUGAGUGGUAGGAUUGGCAUUCGGUUUUUGCAACUCUGCAUAAAUGAGUGGUAGGAUUGGCAUUCGGUUUUUGCAACUCUGCAGAAAUUGGAUGCUGUCAAGCCACCAUUGUGGGAGCCAAGUGUGGCAAACCACUGUAAAACUAUUUGCCUUAUUACUGGGAAAUGGCACCAGGUAAUGCCUAACAUCACAAGGACUGCAGUGGUCUGUAGUGGUUAUGAUGCAUGGAGUAACCCUUUACAUAUCUAUGCGCUACAGCUCUUUUUUUCCAUCCUUCCCUUCUUAUUUCCAGCCCAUAGAUUAUUAUUAGUUAUCUUCUUUGAUGUACCCUCUUUUUUUAUAAUACAGAGAAACACACAUUUACUGAAAAGAACAAACUGACAGUAAAUAUUUAGCAUUAGUACUUGACAACAGCAUCAGAGGGGAACUGUCACUGAAUUUUGUUUUGCUUUAUUAAUCUCUAAAGUUAUAUUUUACGAGUAUGUGUUAGUGAGGUUUGAGAAAUAAUGCUAAAUGCAGAAAUCCACAUUCCUUUAUUAGGCUUAUAUACAGUACAGUUAGAGGAGGAUAAACAGAAGCAAUUGGAGUAUUUAUCAAACUGUUGUGUUCUAAAAACGGUCUACUGUACUAAAAGUGGGUAAUUACCAUGGAAACUAGUUGAACAAGCAAGCACAUUCUAUUGGUGUCGUCUCCCCUUUUUACAUUUUUGUACAACUUUUUACAACAGAAAAUUUUGAUAACUCAUCCCUAAAUUUUUCUUUUCUCCUUCUUAAAUGCAACAUGUACCUAGCUGUGCUUGGAGGGGGGAUACUUAUCUAAGCAAUCACUGUCCUAUCCCUAGGAAAGUGCAUUGGGUAUUCCCGACAGAUUUAGACAUGUGUUGCUGGAAAAUCUAUUCAAUUUACAACAUCCUAACAGGGUGAGAAGAGGAGGAUGAUUAGUGUGAUUCAUGCAGCGCAGACUCCAGAGUUGGGUUUUUCUCUCCUGAUUCUGUAUAAUGAUGCAUUGUUUCUGUCAUUAGUGGACUGUUCUGAAACUAAGAAGGGUGUAUAAGAGAAGGGGUGGGGCUUGGCUGACAGACUCCCGUAGCUGACAGUCAUGCCCAGUAAAUGUAAUUAUAGCAAGUUUAUAAACAUUUAUUUUUACAUUAAUCUGUGUAUAUAUUAAUAUAAAAAUAUACUUACAUGAAAUUUUAUAUAUAUAUAUAUAUAUAUAUAUAUAUAUAUAUAUAUACAUAUAUAUAUAUAUAUAUACACUGAACAAAAUUAUAAACGCAAAGCUUUUGUUUUUGCCCCCAUUUUUCAUAAGCUGAGCUCAUGACACACCUGUGCAAUAUUAUGCUUUCUAAUCAGCAUCUUGAUAUGCCACACCUGUGAGGUGGAUGGAUUAUCUCGGCAAAGAAGUGCUCACUAACACCGAUUUAGACAGAUUUGUGAACAAUAUUUGAGAGAAAUAGGCCUUUUGUGUACAUAGAAAAAGCCUUAGAUCUUUGAGUUCAGCCCAUGAAAAAUGGGGGCAAAAACAAAAGUGUUGCAUUUAUAAUUUUGUUCAGUGAAUAUACAUAUAUAUACAGGGAGAUCCAUUGCCUGCUAUUGUAGCCAUGUGUCAAAACAAUCACAUGGGCUGUAGGGGCCUGAUUUGCCCGGGUGGGGGGACUUUCUGAGCUAUCAGGCAGUCCCCCAGAAGCUUGAGUAUCCAGAGGUUCCUGGAGCUGAAAUGUACCAUGCUGCCGCAAUGGCUUUAACCCCUUAAGGACACAUGACAUGUGUGACAUGUCAUGAUUCCCUUUUAUUCCAGAAGUUUGGUCCUUAAGGGGUUAAAGCCCAUUCAAUUCAGGGAAGCAUAGUGCACUGUAACGACAUUAUUACGUUAAAAGCUGUUUGAUUGCUAGUUCAAAAAAAAUAUUGUUAGUUCAAAAAAAAUAUGUGUUUGAAAGAAAAUAAACACCGCACAAAACAAGUCAUAGUGCAUUUUUCAUUUUUGUUUUGUUUUGUUUUUCUGCGUUAGGUUGAAACACCCUGUUGUGAAUGAUUACCUUCCCUGCCAAAUACUUCAUGGGCUGAUCAAGGUGAAACCUCAAAUCAAGGAAUUUAAAGAAGAAUCUGUUAUCUUUGAAGAUAAUACUGAAACUGGCAGGCUGGAUGAUGUUAUUUUUGCUACUGGUUACAAUGCCAUGUACCCCUUUAUUGAUGACCCUGCCCUGAAAUUGAAUGAAAACCCGGUGUCUAUGUAUAAAAAUGUAUUUCCAAUUCAUUUGGCUAAACCAACAAUGGCUUUCCUUGGACUCAUUCAACCACUUGGAUCAAUACUGCCAACAACGGAAAUACAGGCUCGGUGGGCAGCCAGAGUGUUUGGAGGUAUAUAUGUGUGAGACAUCCUCAAUAGUUUAAAGAAAUUUUUGAGCUAAAAAUGUGUUUACUUUUUGAACAGGAAAAAGAGGGCAGGGAUUUUGCCAUUUCAAAACUUUAUUUGAAAACUGUUAUUAUUAUUAUUAGCUGCAAUUUUACUACAUUACAUCACCACUUUCAAAAUGAUUUAUUAAAGUGUUGCUUGACCAAAAUUUUAUUUACUUUGAAUUCUCAGCAGUGCACACUUUUGUAAAUAACUCUGUAAGCAUGAUACAGAGACUUGUUUAUAUUUCUAAAACUCCUUGUACUCAAUGAACUAUAUUUAGAAAUUUAGUUGUAUUACAUUCACUGUUUAUUACUAACACUAUAGAACCAAGGGGUCCCACCCAGGAGCUAAAGUUAAAAAACCUUUAGUCACUUAACUUUAUUUAGAGUGUAUGUCCCUCGGUGCUGGGUCAAUGCUGCACCUCCUCCUCCGAGGAGCGUAUUAGGCUCUCUCCAUAGGAAAGCAUUGCUUCAAUGCUUUCGUAUGUGGAUUUUACUGAUGUUGGAUGUCCUCAUGCAGAGCCUAACGUCGUCCAGCAUUAUUUUGGAGACUAAAAGUUCCUUAGCAACCAGGAUGUGCCUCUAGUGGCUGUAUGAUUGACAGCCACUAAAGAUAGUUUUAGUGCUGCAAAGUAAGCAUUGCAGUUUCUCAAAAACGUAAUUACAUUGCAGGACUAAGGGGGAGGGUCACUGCAACCAGACCACUUCAAUGAGAUGAAGUGGGCUGGGUGACUAUAGUGUCCCUUUAAGCCAGUGGUAGUCAACCUUUUUCUACCUACCGCCCACUAAUUCAUCUUUCUUGAUGGAAAAAUUUCCUUACCGCCCACCAGUUUUUGCGCAAAUGCAGAAUAUUUUUUAGAAAGGAGGGUGUUUUUUACUUUAUGCAUGUUUACAAUGUUUAACUUUAUAAAGUUUAAUGAGAAAACAAAGUAAAUUGAAAUUACAUUUACUAGUGAUUAAUGAGAUCCUUGACGUUGAUGCUGCGAGACUAAAUAUUUGAUAUCUGGUUCGAUUUUCGUAAGGAACAAACAAAGGUCUCCUCUUUCUGUGAUAUUCAGACGAUUUCUCUGUUUGCUCAUAAUAUGAUUUCUCAUCUGUGCAUCAGCUCCCCUCCUCGCCCUCCUCAAUUCUCCUCCCCACCUUUUUUUUUUUUUCUUUUUUUCUAUUUUUUAACCUUCCUUAUAGCAAUGCCCAGUAGGAAGGCUGAGCUAGGUAGCCCACUUACUAUUAUUAGCCAACAACAAUUCUCUCCUUUUCCUUCUUUCUCCUUUUUACAAGUACUCUGCUCUUUCUUUCUCCUAUUCUACAAAUACUCUGCUCCUUCUUUCUUCUAUUCUACAAGUACUUUGCUCACAUACAAACACAUACACAAACUCAAACAUACACUUACAGACACACACACUCACAGACAAACUCAAACACACACUCACAGAGAAACACAUGCACACAGACAAACACACACUCAGAGAAACACAUACACACAAACACACUCACAGAGAAACACAUACACAGACUCGCACAUACACUUACAGACACACACACAUAUACUUACAGACACACACACAAACACACUCACACAUACACUUACAGCCACACAAAUUAUUAUUAAAUGUCCACCCAGCCUCCCUACCUGGAGAGCUGGUGUGGAUCUGUCCCUGGGGUCCAGUGGGCCUUCACUUCGGCAGGCGUCAAAGUUCUAAUCCGAGGCGGCGAGGGAGCUCUAACCUCUCUGUUCUGCUCCCUCGCGGGCUGUCUACUGAUGCCAGGAUCUGGAAUAUGACGUCAUAUUCUGGCUCCCGCGGCAUCAGCAAACCCCGCGAGGGAUCAGAGCAGAGAGGUUAGAGCUCCCUCGUCCGCCUUGGAUUAGAACUCUGCCGCGCCGGGGGGUCCAGAAGGUGGCCUGGCAGGAGGGAGCGCUUCCCUCCUGCCGGUCACAGAAAUCUUGCGCCCCAAGCCGCUCACGCCCGCCCGCCCACUCUAAAAAGGAGAAAUCCUCUCAAACAGAGGAUUUAGCCGCCGAAAUCCCUACCGCCCACCUGGAGUCCUGAAACGCCCACUAGUGGGCGGUAGGGACCAGGUUGACAACCCAUGUUUUAAGCAAUAUAACAAGGAGCUUGAAGAAAAGACUGUUGGUCAUAUUGCUAUUAAUUUGAGAAAGAAUAGAGGGCUUCUGGUAGUGAUAGAAAAAAAAGAAAUAUACCACAAUGUAGCAAAAUGGCUGUAAACAGAAGAGAAAUCCUGUUUUCUUAGAGUCAGUUUGAAGAACAGACAAUCUCAAAUGUCUUGAACAGAUGGGAGCAGUAUCAUGAUCUCCACUGUAAUAUUUAUAUUAUUAUCAGAGAAGAAAUGCAGUCUAAAGAAAAAUAAUUAUGGAAACCUCAUAUUUGGAUCAUUUGCCAAAUGUAUGUUAGGUCAAUGUAUUGAAUUUUUUUAUAACAGGAAACUUUCUUUUUCAGGUGCAGCUCAGCUUCCUGCAGCGAGAACAAUGGAAGCAUAUGCUGUAAAAAGCAACAAAAAGAAGGAAAAAUGGUAAAAAAUGUAAUUUCUUUUACCAAACCAGAUAUGUGUCAAUGUGAUUAUGCUGAAAUUAUGCAUUGGAGGGGGUGCAUGACCAUGGGACAGUGCUGAAGGGGGAUACAUAGGAGACAUGCAUCAUGCAAAUACAGUUCACUUGUCAAACAGAUAUACAGUUAGGCAGGCUCGGACAUAUGCAUGCUAUACACAAUAUUCAAAUGCACAAUUAAGUAGAUAGAGGUAUCUGAAGAGAGCAGAGUUUUGAAGUAGGUGGAGGGCAGUGGUGUAUUCUGGUUUUGUGCUGCCCUAGGCAUGGCAAAACUCAGCCACCCCUCCCUUUUCCAAAUUUCUCUUCCUGACAGACACAUGCCCUCACUGAUGCAUGCAUUGACAGAUUCACGGACAGAUGCAAAGUCAUUGUCACACAUUGUUUAACCAACACACACUUUCACUGAAACAUACACAUUCACAGACAUACACACUCCCUCAUUCACAGUUACACACACACACACUCACAUUCACCGACAUACACAUCGACAGACACGCAUUCACUGAUACACACAUAUACACUUACUAACAAGACACACACACACACCCUGACAGACACACACAUUGACAUUAACUGACAAAUACACACUGACAAACACACAUACAGACUCACUGACAGAGAUACGCAUUUACUGACAGACACACACUCUCAGUGACAGACAUGCAUACACACACUGACAAACACAUAUACACUCAGUGUCAGACAUACACAUUCCCUGACAGACAUACGCAUUUACUGACAGACACACACUCUCAGUGACAGACAUGCAUACACACACUGACAAAAAAAAUCAUAUACACUCUCAGUGACAAACACACAUACACACUCACUGACAAAAACAUAUACACUCUCUGACAGUCAGACACACACACACUAACACACUCACACUAAUGAACUCACUAAACCACACACACACACACACACUAGCAGACACACACAAACAAACACACUCACAAUUAAAAAAAAAAGUUUAAAGUUCAAUCCCCCAAGCCUCCCUACCUUUGGGUCCAGUGGGGCUGACUGCAGAUUGGCGGACAGGCGGGCUGGCAGGCACAGUGGAGGCGGGCGGCAAGGGAGCUCUGAUCUUCCUGCUCAGCUCCCACGUGUGCCUCGCAGUGAUGCCGAGGCCAGAGUGAUGUCAUGUUCCAGAUCCGGCAUCACUGCGGGCCUGGCGAGGGAGCUGAGCAGGAGAGAGCUCAGGGGAGUUUGCUCAGUCGCCGUCCGCAGUGAUGCCAGCUCCUGGGCCCCUCAGGACAAGAGGCUGGCAAGGCAUUUGCCAAGGUGUUUGGGGGGGGGCGACUUUUUUUGCUGCCCCCCUGAAAAUGCCGAGCAUGGCAAAUGCCUUGCAAGCCUUGUGGUAGAUACAUCGCUGGUGGACGAGUAUGAAGUAGACUGAGGAGAGGUCUGAAGAAAUGUCUAAAGUGGAUAAAAUAGUGUGUAGUCUUCUAGUCAGUUAUACAAAGUACACCAAAAUACUUGUCACAAUAAUUUACCAGUAGAAGUUAGUAAUAGCUUAAAUAACUUUUACUACAGUAGGUAAUUGUCUGAUUCCAUUCUACAAAACAUAACAUUUAAUGACUGGUAAUCAGCAGCUUCCAAAGAUUGAAUAUUUCUUAAUAUUUCAACCACAUUAUAGGUUUGUAAUUGCACUUAAAUACCAUUUAAAUAUAAACUUUUACUUGUAAAAAAUAAAAAUUCAAAGUCUUAAGCUAAUGAAAACCAAAAUAACAUCAAGUGAAUGAAGCAAUUUUGACUGUUCGCAAAAAAAAAAGUCUGAGGCUCCAGGUUCCAGAAAUGAUCGAGGAACAAAAUUGAAACUUUAUAUAUAUAUAUUUUUAUUUUUUUUUCAUUUCAUUCUCAGUAAAUAAUGAAAACAUUUUUUUAUUCAGGUUUGGGAGUGGAAAAACGCAGAUCUUUCAAACACAUUAUAUUGAAUACAUCGAUGAGGUUUCUAAGGAGAUAGGAAACCGUCCCAAAAUACUUCGUCUCUUUUUCACAGAUCCUAGGCUGGCAUUGAAAAUCUUCUUUGGCCCUUGCACACCUUACCAGUACCGUUUAACUGGGCCAGGUAAAUGGCAUGGAGCCCGUGAAGCAAUUUUGAACCAGUGGGACAGAACACUAAAUGCAACUAGGACCCGUGUUAUAUUUAAGAAUCAUGGUACUAGGUCAGUUUUACCCACUCUACUGGGAUUUUGCACUUUGACAGCAGCAUUAUCCCUUGGUUACAAACGGUUGUCUUUAAAAAAAUUUUAGUGAUAACAUUUUCCAAUGAAUAAAAAAAUUAUCCAAAAUACUAUAUGAAAACAACCAAUGGGAAUAAUAAAAAAAAAAAAGCCUUGGUGGGUGUACUUUUAUAAUAAACAUAAAUAUAAUACCUCUUUUAGAGAGCUCAAUGCAUAUGGGUAUAUUCUGAUCAAUCCUUAUUGGAAUAUCUGAGUAUCACUAUAAAUAUAUUAUCACCAGAUCAUUCGACCCCUUCAUCAUUUUAUUGUGAACAGAAAUGAUACAUUUGGAGUUUAAAAGACACAACCUCUAAGCAUUGCCCCUUCAUGUUGGCUGAUGCAAAGGAUCAGGCUGUAGAAGUUCAGGCAGACCCACGUAAUUUAUUUUCAUUGCCUCAAUUGUAUCUUUUAAUUAUGUACCAUUGUAUUUUCAAUCGUCUCUUAAGUUACACUCCAAACAAGACUGUGUAGUCCUGGUGCUGCUACUCCUAUAAAUUGUAUCUUCAAUAAUGUACUAUUGUAUAUGAUGAUGUAAUUGCUGUAAUUGUUGUACUCUGUAUCAUCUUAAUUAAAAUUUUGAAUUACAAAAAAGUUAAUAAAGUUUUGAAGUGAGAAGAAAACAGCCUUUUAAGGCUAUUGGUCUAAAUAUGGAGAUGGAAUGUUUUGUCCUUCAAGUAAAACAUUUAGAAAUAGC